CCACCAUGAGCGUCCUCGCAACUGAAACUCUCAUACAGAUAUUCGAACACCUCGACAAUCCCAGGGAUCUCUUCCACGUUGUGCAAACAUGUUUGGUCUUUCAUGGCAUCGCUAUAGAGCUGUUGUACCGGCAUAUUCAAUAUAGGAGCCUCAAAAGCUUCAACGCUCAGACAGCGCGUUGGAAGAAUGCACAAGAUGGCUUGUACAGCUUUCCACAGUCGGUAGUUCUCCACGACGUGCUAAGAGUCCCUCAGGGGGCCCGAUGGAUGUGGAAUGACCAUUACAAAGGCACCGAGGCGCUUCAAGUUCAGCCUCAAAUCGACCUUUGGGUCCGUUUGCUCUCCUUCACUUUCUUGCACACACUCUCCAUAUCGCACUGCCUUCUCCCGGACUCGGAGUCCUUCAGUUAUCUCCUCCAAGGCUGCCAGAGCCUUCGCAAACUCUCCAUCGAGACAUGCUCCUUCCAGAGGAAGCCGCGGGGCUUUAGCGUGAGUUAUGGGUUAUUCCCAUGGCUUCCAUUAGAGGAGCUGUCUCUCUUGGGAGAAAAUACCGUGACGGACUAUCGAUGGCCAUAUAGACCGCCCAGUGACGCAGAAGCAGGUUCCUUCCUCCACCUUCUCACAGUCAGGUCGAUUCGCACGUUGAACAUCGAUCUGGACUACCAGAAUUGUGCUUUCCUUGCCAGCCGCACCUCCAGUAAUGUCAUAUCCUUCGGCAAUCUCGAGAGGCUGCGCCUCCGUAUCAGCAAGCGGUGCGCGGAGGGUAACAUCCCUGCUUUCCUGAAUGCGCACUGUGCUUCUGUCAAGACACUAGAGCUGCUUGACUUCGCUGACCUUCCAUCCGAUCAUUUGCGAUUACGACCGGGGGCACUGAGGCAUCUGACAAAUUAUAAGGGUCCAGCUGCCCUCGCUCCCGCUGUUGCUGCCGCAGGAUGCCCGUUGGGCCGCCUGGAAACUAGUGAUCUGAUGAUGAGCGUAUCGCAGGCAUCGAAAGUAUUGGGAGAGGUUGGCGGUCACAGGCCGCAAUUGGAGGCGCUGGACAUCACAAUCCAGGAAUGGGAUGUGGAAAUUCAUAGUGGGUGCCCCGAUGAGGUGUGUCGGUCAUUCCAUUGAUCGAGUUUGAACUUCUGAUUGAUUUUCAACCCCAGCCAACUAUCGUGAGCAUGGCAUCGAUAUUCUUCGACGAGAUGAAAAAUAUAACAACGUUGCAUAUCUAUAACCCGCACACUAAUCUUGCCCAGGGAUCGUACGGAGGGUAUAUCGAUUUGGAUCGCGCGAGCUUGCCAUAUAACUUAGGUCCUUCAGGAUCAGAUGAGGUACUGAAGCUGAUGGCGGGGUGGAUUGAGGCUUGCCCUACGUUGACUGAAGUGAAGUGGAAAAAAGAGAGCCUGUUGUGCCGAAAGUCAACAAGGAAGGAGGA